AUGAAAAACGUUCUAUUCAGCUGUGGCUUAUUACAAGCUCACUUAGCAUGGACCCACGCCUCUCUCCUUUUUUCGAGCGAGUCCAGUGCAAGUUCAACUCCUGAGUCUUUGGUGGUACCGAAGCAAGCAAACUCUUUCCAGAACCCGGUAGUAUACGAAGACUUCGCCGACAAUGAUGUUUCCGUCGGUCCAGACGGGUUGUAUUACUUCUCUGCGUCCAACAUGCACUACAGCCCGGGUGCUCCGAUCUUAAGAUCGGGUGAUCUCGUCAAUUGGGAACUUAUCGGCCACUCCGUGCCCGGUCUGGAUUUCGGCGAAAAGUAUAAUCUGACGAACGGCCACGCGUAUAGGGGUGGGACGUGGGCGUCGACAAUGCGAUUUCGCGAGAGCACCGGGCUUUGGUACUGGAUCGGCUGCGUCGACUUCUGGUACACUUACAUCUACACUGCCAAGGACGUUACCGGGCCGUGGACCCGUGCGGCCGUACUUCCGGGCGGCACGUGCUACUAUGACUGCGGCCUCCUUAUCGACGACGACGAUACCAUGUACGUCGUAUACGGUGCUACCGACGUAUCUGUGGCCCAGCUGUCAAAAGACGGACUCAGCCAGGUUGAGACCAAGCAUAUCUUCAGCGCUUCUGACGUAGGGAAGGAUGGAAUCGAAGGAAACCGCAUGUACAAGAAGGAUGGGCUUUACUAUAUUCUCGACGACCAUCCCGGUGAUAUUACCUACAUUUGGAAAUCCGAAAGUCCUUGGGGUCCUUACGAGAGCAAGAUCCUGGUUAACAAUGUGAAGUCACCCGUGCCGAAUGGAGGCGCUCCUCAUCAAGGAAGUCUCAUCGAAACGUCGACAGGUGACUGGUACUACAUGUCUUUUACAUGGGCAUACCCAAGUGGCCGCAUGCCCGUUCUCGCCCCGGUGAAAUGGGGCGAUGAUGGCUUCCCCUUUUUCGUAGCCGACGAGUCGGGCGCGUGGGGAUCGUCUUAUCCGGCGCCACUUCCUGCAAAGGCCGUCCGAGAAUGGACUCGUACCGACACGUUCGACGGGGAGACACUGGGCCCGGACUGGGAAUGGAAUCAUAACCCUGAUGAGACCAAGUACAAGGUUGGUAACGGUGGAGUGACUCUAUCUACUGCAACCGUGACGGACGAUCUAUACGCGGCACGCAACACCCUAACCCACCGCAUCCAUGGAGAAUUCCCUGUCGGUACUCUCCGAGUGGAUUUCGCUAAUAUGGCUGACGGCGACCGCUUCGGUCUUGCGGCUUUCCGCGAUCGUACCGCUUAUAUCGGUAUUCACCGCGAUGGGACCAAGUACACAUUAUCCGUCGUGCAUGACAUCACACAGGAAGAAUCUGCUUGGAACACGACUAGUUUGGGGAACAUAGUAGCAACAUCAGCAGAUAUCCCCAAGGACAAGAUAAUAUGGCUUCGAGCGUCGCUAGAUGCCCGUGCGAGCGGCAGUUACGCAGCCAACUUCUCCUACAGCACAGACGGCCAAAAGUUCACCCAGUUAGGAGAACCUUACACGAUGCAUACCAACUGGGCAUAUUUUAUGGGCUAUCGUUUUGGAAUCUUCAACUAUGCAACUAAGAAGCUCGGAGGCUCAAUACGAGCUUUGUCUUUUAAAAGCGCUUAA